CGGCGGGAAGCGGGGACGGGAGGUGACGGACAGAUUUCUGCCCCUGGUGGCACAGUUGCUCUCCAGUAAAGGGUUGUUCUACCUCAUUACCAUCGCUGAGAACGAUCCAGGAGAUCCUCCGUUUACUGGACAAGCGUGGUUUGAGGGGAGAGUCGUGCUUGUCAACGAGAGCUGGAAAUGAGAGGCUGUCCGUGCUGCGCUUCCACAGGAGCUAACGAACAUGAACUGUCACAAAGAAAUCCUCGGAGAGGAUUACAGGUCCUGCAAGGACAAAUGUUCACUGCAGAGGAAAGCUGCGAAGGAUUCCUCAGACAACUGGUGUGAAGAACAUUUUCUGAUGAAAGCUCAGCAUGACAAAUACACUGGGUGAAAGGACUGAGGGGGCUCUGACGUACUUGCUAAUUUGUAAAGAAAAAUAAAUGUUACACGAAAUGGUUCUUUGCAUUAACCCAGGCCGUUUAAAAACCCACCUCGACACCAACGCAUGUACAGGAAGACGUCUUAUCUUCUGUUAUUUGACUUCUGUGUGAGUAAAAGGUAGAUUGUUGGAUUGAGAUACAUUCAAUUAAUUAAACAACCAGAUACCAAAAUGUGCACUAAAAGCAUUAAAAUACAUGUUUAUUUUAUGUAUACUAUAUGUUUCACAUCGUCUGGCUCUGUCUUGCUUUGUGACCUGAAUGGUGGAUGUUCACAUUUUGUCAAAGCAGUGGAGAUAAAAAACAAAUAGGAAACCAGGGAUCUCAGGUUACCGACAGAGGGCCAGCAGACCCCAAUGAUGUAACAGCAUCUCCCGUUAUACCAAAGAUGUUAAAGACAGACAGACGUCUCACUCUGUAGCUUUUUCUUGGUACAGCAGUGGGAAACAGUCUUGGUCAUAGUGUUGAUUAAAUGUAAACAGUUAGAAUACAAUGAGAGAAAAGCAGCAAAUUGUAACAUUACCACUGAUCCUCAAAGAUGUUUGUUUCAGCUAAUGAAAUGAAAUGGUGACAAACCUACAAGACAGCGGCUCGUCUUCCUCCGUAUGAUGAGGAGAUUCAACACGGACUGCAACUUCUAAAAGAUGCACCGUCCAGAGUGUACCAACCUCAGCACAUUACCAGGACAGAGCUGCCAUCCAAACUGUUCUGCCUGACGUCGCACCACCAGUCUGACGGACAGCUUCACAGCACAGGCCAUGAGACUUAAGUCUCGAGCUGCAUCUCAUCAUGCAUAUACAUUUCCUACAUACAUGUGUAUUACUUGUAUUUAUUUAAAUAGAUUGUACGCAUAUUAGCCUGGGAUCCAAGAUUUUCAUUGACUACCUCUUUAAUUGUUGUGCAUAAUAGGAUAAUAAUAUCGGUACUGUCUUUUUAUCCAUCGGUGACACAUCCUCUCAUUAUAAACCAUCUUCGGCCACACACGCCCAGCCUCAGCACCAGCGCAUCCUUUCUCCACGGGGUUUUCCCCCCCCCUCCUCCUCUGUCCGCACCAACAUUACAAGAAACCAUGAGAGGGGUGAGGCCUUGGUGAUAAGAACAAACCCUGCUGGACCUGGUUCUUCUCCUCCCGAGCUCGUUUCUCGCGGUUCGUUAUGUCUUUGAGCCUGCUCUCGCCAUGCCCGCUGCUGAACGCUCCCUGCUGCCGCUGCUCUUUUUGCCGUCGUUGCUUUUGAUUUCGUGCCUGGAUGGGGUGGUGAGAGCAGCGGAGGAGGGCGGCGGCCUGCCCUCCUCCUCGCCCGGGGACAAUGGCCUCACCGUCGCGGUGGGAGACCAGUCCGCCACCGAGCCGACCGCCCCGGGGGGAUCCCCCAGCCCCUCCGCCCUGAUAGAAGAGCCCCAGUUUGCCCUGAGGGUCCUGGUGAGGGACCUGGUGACCCGCCAGGCUCUGCCGGGUGCUUCAGUGGACGUUUACAUAAACCACACCCUGAAGAGCUCUUCCCGAACAGGGGAGAGAGGCGAGGUUCUGCUCUGGGUAGACUACAGUCCAGGCCUCAGUCUCACUCUGCUGGGCAACAUGGAGGGCUACGUCCCCAGCCCCCUACCCUGGAGCUCCACCAAGAGACCGAUUUUCUCUGCUGUGACGUUGCUGCUGCUGCCUCACAGUCAGGGGAACAUCUGGCUGUUUGAAGACUCGGUCCUCAUCACCGGGAAGUUACCUGACAGCUCAUCCCAACCCAAGGUUCAGUUCCCCAAGAACCUCCUCACGAUGUCAGAUAAGAGCAACGUCUCCUCUGUGACGGCGUACCUGACUGUCCCGCAGCACCACCUAGCGAAGGACUGUGCUAACUGCACUCCAGGCAUCAUCGGCAAAAAAUCAUUGUUCAGAAGCAUCGAGCUGAAGGCGGUGGCAGCGGUGGAUAUCCUGCUGUAUUCUGCUGGAGAGGAGCUCCAGGUUCGAGGGCCGAUUCAAAUCAGCCUGCCCCUGGGACACAGCACGCACCUCAGGGCCUCGGACACUGUGCCAGCCUGGGCCUUCGACAUAAAGACAGGUGCCUGGGAGAAUCAGGGUCUAGGAAUAGUGAGAACAGUUGGUGAUGAGCUGGUUUGGACCUACACCGCUUCCCAUCUGGGCUACUGGAUCGCCGCCGCCCUGCCGUCAUCAAACAAUUACCUGGGACAUGGAAGCACCCUUGAUUUCAUAUCAUACCACACCUACCUGCUGAUGGGAAUAAUGGCAGCGACGCUGGCGAUUGUCGUUGGAUGUCUGUCCUUGCUGCUGUGUCACUGCGGGAGAGGUUCUUAUCGAGAGCCCAGGAGGAGAGCACGCUUUUCCAAACUCACAGUGGUGAAAAAAGACCAAACCACCUCCACCCACAUGGAAGAGGGUUUGCUGUUCCGUUCUGGCGACAACAGCCUCGCUUCCUGCAGUGUUCAGUGUGAACCCUCGUCCACACCGAGGCACAAAGCCAACUACAACAUCUAUGUGGAGGAUCCAGGGAGUCGCCCGGGGGCUCCUCUGUACGAGAACAUAUCUCUGGAUCGGAUCAAAGGUUCCCAGACGCCCUCUCACUACAUCAACAGCGAAGAGGUGGCUCGGAUUCGAGAGAAGUCCGAGCAGAACCGGGCCAACAUGAACUCUGACAACUUCUUUCAAGACAAGCUGCUUCAUAUUUACAACCAGCCAGUGGCUAUUAUUCAGGGGCCAGAGCUUUUCAGUGCUCAGGAGCGGUCGGGCUGCAAGUCUGCUACUUUCCCCCGAAAUGGAGUCGAGUAUGAUGCUCACUCAGAGCCAGCUAAUAAAAACGGCUACACCCAGACACUACCCAAAGUCCCUCACCACCACUCCCAACAGCAGAGCAGCCAAGAUGAGCCCCAGUCUCUGGAGACUCCUCCUCCAGGCCAAGGCCCUAAUGUGUGGGGGCACUACAACAACCUCCUCGAAUCCUCCGUCUCCGUGCCUGGGACUCUUAAUGAGGCAGCUGGUAUGGCGGCCUUCAGCAGUGGGCAUGGUGUACCUAGUGAGCUGCAGGGGAUCUCAGAGCGCACCUUGCUGGAGAUGACCCGGGGCAAGUCUCACCCCAGAGCCUGGUUUGUCUCCUUAGAAGGGAAGCCGGCAGCCCAGGUUCGCCACUCCAUUAUUGAGCUCCAGGGCCACCGCCGCCGCCGCCCGAGCAGCAACGACACCAGCCUGGACUCAGGGGUGGACAUGAACGAGCCGCAGCAGAAUAUCCGUGAGUCGGAGCGCGAGAGGCGAUCGAUAAGGGCCUCUUCCCUGCCACACCACGGCCGAGGGGGGCGCUAUGGUGAAGAGCAGGAUCUGAGCAGCAGUGAGAGUGGCACGACAGCCACCUGUACACCAGAGGACCCUUACCUGAGGAACAUUUUAGACGGGAGCAGCGGGGCUAUUCCCAACAUUCCCGAAGAGCGAGAUGGGAUGGAUACAUCCAGUGCUCAGGAGGACAGCGAGUCGAGAGGUACGCCGCCACCACGGCGCCUGAGGAAGGUGAGGGAGAAGGGGAAGACGGAAAAGAGGAGUGCCAAGCAUGUCCGCGAGGGGAGACCUCUGACCAAGCGAAGUUAAGAGCAUGGCUCGUUGCAAACAUCAAGCAUUUCUUUCAUCAGUGCUUAAUGUAAACGUCUCAUUAACCAUUCAAUCCACAUUGAGCUAUUUUCAUCACAUGGUGUCAUCAGUGCUCAGUGAUCCAAAUUAGUUUUUGCCACUUGCUCACGCAGGCAUUGUUGUUGUUGAGUUAUGUGAUUGUACAACUUUGCCAAAGAAUGCAUACGCUAGCUCAAGAAAUAAAGCAGGAUCUGUCGUGUUGAAGCAUCAUGUAGCUGCCGUUAGACACGUUCGUGCACCAUGUUCUCUCAUUCUCCCGAAUCUGAACAUCACCAGCGAGAGAUUCUUCACAGCAAAAUGUCCGUGAGAACACCAUCCCAUAGUCCCCAGUGCUGACGUUAUAGAGGGUGCCUUCUUACUGCCUGUUAUCAGUCAUUAUGAUCACACCAGGCACAGUAUUUGUCUAGAUUUAGUCAAAUCCGGUGAGUUUGCAGGACGGACACAGAUACAGGUCUUUGUGUAGUGCACUUAUCCUCACCAUAAAUGCCUGCUGUAAAUUAAAUAAGAUACAGAAGCUUUCCCGGUUUGCAGAACUGACAUCUUGAGAUCAUUCUGCCAUUAGAGACUCUUGGGGUUCGUGAAAAGACCCAGUUAUGUCAUUAUUGGAAACAGCUCUGUCAGAAUAAUUCAUGACAUUAUAUCAGAUUUGUUGAGCACUAUCGUCAACCGUGACUCUUCUGGAGUAAAACACUGAUGCACAUUGUAAAGCUAAGCUGCCAUUUUGAAGUAUCACACCUGGUGUUCAAGGUUUUAGGCCUACAGUUAUUUUAGAAUGCAUGAAAAUGAAUGUUUCCUUGCGUGUAUGAAAAUAUUUUGAGCUGCCAACUGUAAGCAACCAUUACGACAAUAAUACCCAGGACCAAUGUAACAGUCACAUAUCCAGAAGCCCAGGAAAUACAAUUUAAAAACCACGUCCAAUGGUGUGUGGGACGAUUCAGAUUGCCUGAUUGGAUGACGUUCAAAUGAUAACUGAGGUAACAAUUUGCUAUAUUACGUUUGAGCCCCCCAAGGCUUGUAUUCUUUUCUUUUUAAUAACGUACACAUGUAUCCCUUAUAAUUAUACAAACGUAUUCGGAGCAUUGGAGUUUUGCUUUCACAACCUUGAGGUCGAGUGAGUCAAAUGUUUCAUCAAACUAUUGGAUGGAUUCAUGCCUCCCCGAGGAUGAAUUGUAAUAUUUUUGGUGUCCCCGAAACUUUCCAUUACCACUAUCAGGUAAAAAAUAGUCCAAUACUUUGGUUUCCACUUUGGGUUUAACCAAUGAUCAACCGAUACGUAUACAGAAGGACUUGGAGAAGUGAAGCACACUACACUUUAAUGUCACCAUUACAUUUGAACCGUGUAAAUACAACAAUGGCAACAGGUCAUCCAUGAUAAAGUUUGGCAAAACAUUCACCACGAAUAGCACAAAGUGGUUUUACGAGCAAUAUUUACCAUGAAUUAAAAUUUGAAAUGGCACUUUGCAGCGACAAUUUUUGCCAUAUUCAGUCUUCCGUCAAACUGUAAAAAUGUUCCCCGAUGAGUUAACUUUGUACGCAUAAGGCUCCAUUCAUGUGUUCUUUUGUUUGUAUAUAGUAGAGCAACAUUUCAUGUACUUUGUGGCUGUGACUUAACUUAUCGUGCCGUUUUUCUUUCAUAUUAAAAGCAAAUGUCUGAGAGGUGCAUCAGUGAACGACAAGGUUUUUAUACUAGUCACACGAGACACGUUAUUUCUUUUUAAAGUUAGCCUAAAGAGCCCGAGCUUUGUAAAUUUAAAUGUAUCAACGAGCACUUAAAUCAUUCAGUAUGCUUACAAAUGAAAGUAAUUUCCACUGCUAGUCAUCUAGCUUGAAAACACAGUUUACACAGCAACAUGAGGAGUCUGAACACACAUCAAACCUACUGCCACUCCAGUCUUAAAGUGAUCUCGCUGAAUGUAUUUGUAUUGAUUUUAACGUGUUCUAUAGUGUGCUCCUCUCGUGUCUCGCCAUUGAACCUCAUGGCCUUUUGUUUCUUCCAUAAUGGCCACCUCUUGUGUUUCCCUCUGUAAUGAUGGUAGUGUUAUUAGUCUUGCCUUUUUGUGCACUAAUUUAAUAAACUUACUUGAUACCAAUUAUUGUUCAGAUAAUUUUUGUAUUUUGUCCCUUUAACUUUUAAGUAUGUUUGAUUAUAUAGAAAUGAGAUUUGAGCAAAAUGACACAAAAACAUUUCUGAUUUACAUCUUUCUGAAUAAAAGACUUCCACGUG